AUUAAAACUUUCAAAAAAGGGAAUAUCUAUUUGCAUUUAACUUUUUCACAGAUCAAGCCGCAGGACAAAUUGCUAUCAAAACUAUAGUGAGUCAGAGCUAAAAAUCUUUUGGUUGAAACAAAUUUACAUAAAUGUUUGACCAAAAUCAGUUUCAUCCAGAAAAAUCCUGUUUUGACUUCGCUACAUUUUUAGCUCGUCGCUUGUAUAAAACUCAUUUGGAUGUGCGCUAUGGGGGAGAGGCUGAUAAUCAACUUCUCGACAUUUACUAUAAGGAGGAAGAAUAUGGAACACCGAUUUUAGUUUUCAUCCAUGGCGGUUAUUGGCAAGAAUUGGAUAGAUCAUCAGCCGGUCCCAUUGUACACACUUUUGUCCAACUCAACUAUCGGGUUUUGUUGGUGGAUUACGACUUGUGCCCAAAGGUUACCCUGCAACAGUUAACGCAACAAAUAUCGAAUUUUUACAAAUGGCUACAAAGAUAUGCCCGAGACACAAGAGCAACAAAAAUAUCCAUUUGUGGACACUCUGCAGGAGCUCAUUUGGCGUUGCAAAUGUUUGACAAUGCAUUUGCACAACCGCAAAAUCGUUUAGAUUUGAUCGAUCACGUAUUUUUGAUCAGUGGCCUAUAUGAUCUGCGUCAAUUGUGGUUUUUGAACAGUUGCAAUCCCAACAACAAUUUAUGCUUGGAUGAUGAUCGUGCAGCACAACUAUCACCAUUCUGUUGUGCAUACAGUGAGGAACUCUUAGAGAAAUAUAGAGAGCAAAAUAUUCACCUACAUCUGAUAGUGGCUGAAAAUGAUAGUAAUGCCUUCAAAGAGCAAUCGCAAAGAUAUGCUCAUAAACUUAUUAAAUUAAAUAUGAAUGUGAACUAUAGAGUUUUUAAGGCUUACGACCACUUUGAUAUCAUAGAGGAGUGUUCAAAUAUGAGUUCUGCUAUCAGUUGUUAUAUGCAGAAUGCAAUUAAAAUAUGAUACAUCCAUACCCAAUACCAUACACCCCUAUCCGAUUCCUGACGUUCGCCUUUGACGUUUUUCACACACACAUUACGUCGAGCGUAUAAAUUUUUAAUGAUGAACAAUUUCAACUUUAAUUUGACUUAUUUUUUUAUUUUGAAAAUAAAAACGAAAAGUUGAAAAAA